AUGUCGGGCGCUCCUGAUCGAGAGGCCGUGUUUCCCACGCGCCAGUCUUUGGGAAUCAUGAAGGCCAAACUCAAGGGUGCUGAGACGGGUCACAGUCUACUGAAGAGGAAGAGCGAGGCUCUGACGAAACGCAUCGACGAGGCCAAGCGAAAGAUGGGUCGCGUCAUGCAGAUUGCAUCCUUUUCUCUAGCCGAAGUCACAUAUGCUGUUGGGGGUGACAUUGGCUACCAGAUUCAGGAAUCGGCGAGAUCUGCUAGGUUCCGUCUACGCACCAAGCAGGAGAACGUGUCUGGUGUCCUGCUUCCAGCCUUCGAGAGCUAUGUCACUGAAGGUAAUAAUGAUUUUGGCCUGACGGGCCUUGGAAAGGGCGGCCAGCAAGUUCAACGUUGCCGUGAGACGUAUGCUCGCGCCGUAGAGGCCUUAGUUGAGCUCGCUAGUCUGCAGACCGCAUUUGUGAUUCUGGACGAGGUGAUCAAGGUUGUCAACAGACGCGAUAUCAACUCAGAACUGGACGAACUGGACAGAGAGGAGUUCUACAGAUUGAAAAAGGUGGCGAACAAGAAACAACGAGACACGGCAGCCGCAGACGCAGAGAUCAAGGCGAAGAAGGCAGCCAUGGCAGACCAUGAGGUUGAUAACAGGUCAGGACCUACCGACCUCCUCGCCGCUGACGAUGACAACGAUGUCAUCUUUUAA